AUGUCUGACGGCAGCCCCAAGGCGAACGGCGCCAACGGACACGCCUUCAGCAACGACCUCCACCAUCCUUCUCCCACACGCGCCCGCAAGCUCAACCCGCACAUAGCUCGUGCCUUCAACAACGAGCUCAGCGUCAACGCCCAGCGAGCAGCAGCAGCAGCAGCAGGCAUCCUCAGUGAACGCAACACCCCAGCACCGCCCGACGAUGCACCGCCUUCCGUCAAAGCGACCUCUGCAGCCAGACGCGCGAAUCGACAAGCCACGAGGAGGCGCAUAUUUCCCACCGUCGACUAUCAAGAGCGUGUCUCCUACUUCGAUCCGCAGUCCAGCUAUGCCAACUUUCGAGGAUUCUUCGUACUUUUCUGGAUUGGCCUCGCGAUCAUGGUCAUCACUCAGAUGCUGCGCAACGUAAGGGAGACCGGUGCCUUGUUGAACUUCAGACAAUGGCCGCUGUUCACGAAAGACCUGGCAGAGCUAGGCUACAGCGACGUGUUGAUGUGUAGCAGCACUGCUGUAAGCCUGCCACUGCAUCUACUGUUUGUAAAGAGCAAGGGACUGUUGCAAUGGGAGAGAGGAGGCAUCAUCAUCCAAAGUCUGUAUCAGGCCGCGUGGCUGUGGUUCUGGAUAGGCUGGCCGUUUCUCCGUGACUGGACAUGGACAGCUCAAGUCUUCUUCACACUGCACACCCUGGUCCUUUUCAUGAAGAUGCACUCCUACGCUUUCUACAAUGGCCAUCUCUCGGACACUCUCAUCCGUCUUAAGCAGCUCGACAUGCCCAUUGGCCCAGCUACCCAUUUGAACGCGGCAGUGCAUUAUCCUUCGGCCUCAUUCCGCUUGUCAGAAGCUACUCCUGGAGAGGACGAGGAUAAAGAAGAGCCGGAUUUAUCACCAGUACUACAGCUCCGCGAGGAUCUUGCGAAGGAGCUUACCUCUCCAAUGGGCAAUGUGACAUACCCGCAGAACCUCACGAUUGCCAACUUCGCCGACUACCUCCUUUGUCCCACCCUAUGCUAUGAAUUGGAGUAUCCUCGAAUGCCAAAGCGCUCAUAUCUCGAGCUCUUCUACAAGACUUUGGCAGUGUUUGGCUGCAUCUUCCUCAUGACAGUCGUGAGCGAGGAGUUUAUCAUCCCGAUUCUGGACGAGUCGCGGCUCCGUCUACAACGCUCAAGGACUGGCAUCGAUGGCGCCCUCAUGUUCGCGGAAGCCGUCAGUCGGCUUUUGUUCCCGUUCAUGAUCACAUUUCUCUUGGUGUUUAUGGUCAUCUUCGAAUACGUCCUUGGCGCAUUCGCCGAGAUCACGCGCUUCGCCGACCGCCAGUUCUACGAUGACUGGUGGAACAGCACUGACUGGAUGGAAUUUUCACGCGAGUGGAACAUACCUGUGCACCACUUUUUCAGACGUCAUGUCUAUUCCGCAAGCCGGGGGAUCAUGUCGAAACCUGCUGCCACUGGGUUGACGUUCCUGAUAUCGGCCAUAGCGCAUGAGCUGAUCAUGGGCUGCAUCACGAGAAAGUUCAGAGGCUACGGAUUUGUCCUGAUGAUGUUGCAGAUUCCAUUUGUUGCGAUUCAACAGUUGCCUUUCAUCAAACGACGAGAGCUUCUGAACAACAUCAUAUUCUGGAUCUGCAUGAUCUUGGGAUUGAGUCUGAUUUUGCGGCCACAGCGGCUUGCUGAUAACGCAACGCUCGGCGCACUUGCCCGAAGCCCACAUCACUCAUCAAAACCUUGUGACCCGCGACUCACCGUUUACAGACAAACACCUUACAUCACAUCCAUGGCGACUCCAACUCCCUUGUGGCUCGACUGCGACACUGGUCACGAUGAUGCUUUCGCAAUACUACUUGCCACGCACCAUCCCGGCCUUGAGCUCCUAGGAAUAUCCACCACCUACGGCAAUGCACCACUAAAUCACACCACCUACAACACCAGAGCCAUCUUGAAAGCCAUCAACCGUGAAGAUGUGCCGGUGUACGCCGGAUCUACCAAGCCAUUCUGCAGACCGGUGCACGCCGCGGCAGAUAUCCAUGGUGAGACUGGACUUGACGGCACGACUUGUUUGCCUUCACCGACGGUGCCUGUCAAAGACGACAUGGUGGCCGUCGAGGCCAUGUACCGAGCUUUGAUAUCCACACCCCCAAAGUCUGCAUGGCUCGUGGCUGUGGGGGCUUUGACUAAUUCGGCACUACUCUUCGCUGUGCACCCUGACCUGGCUGAGCACGUGGCCGGUGUCAGUAUUAUGGGUGGCGCAAUUGGAGGCGGGUUCACAGAUGCUCCAAUGGGUGUCGUUGAUGGCGAGGGCGAAAGAUUCGGGAACUGGACGCCGUGGGCUGAGUUCAACAUCUGGCUUGACCCAGAAUCCGCCAACGCAGUCUUCCGGAACGAAGUACUGGCAAGAAAGACAACCAUCGUACCGCUCGACUUAUCGCAUCAGUUCCUUGCUACUCCAAAGGUCCAACGAGGAUUGCUAUAUGGUUUCAAUUCUGGGUUCGAGCCAGCAGGACUCACCCUAGAGGCACUGAAUCACGUUCCAGUCGUUCGGCGAUUAUUCUUUGAGAUCCUUACGUUCUUUGCAAAGACGUAUGCCGAUGUCUUUGGGCUCGUUGCCGGCCCACCAACCCAUGAUCCUUUGGCUGUUGCCGCGAUCUUCGCGCCAGAACUGUUCAUCGACAACGGUGGAGAACGAUACUCUGUGAAAGUGAUCACUGAAGGUGCGCAUGACACGAGUGACUCUGCUCGUGGUGGACAGAGUCAAUGUGGCCGGACUGUGGCAGAGCCGUUGCCGAAAGGUUGUGACGGCGUGCGUAUACCGAGAUCCCUUGCUGUGGAAAAGCUGUGGAGGAUGCUUGAGGAAUGUCUGGCACGAGCAGAAACGUCGGUGAAGGAGUCAACCUCAGCUUGA